AUGGUCGCCCCGACACAAGCGCCAACGAAAGUGCACAAGUUUGACCACGACAACCCGGAAGUUAUACAGACUGGCCCGAUCGGCAACCUCUACCUGCAAUACCUCCUCCUAUCUGGACUGUAUAUGCUCGAGCCUUGGGAGCGGAAGCUCUUCAACGCCAGCCUGAUCGCGCUCAUCGCCUCGCUGCUCUACUUCACCAAGGGACUCGUUUUC